AUGAACAUGCUCCUCAAUUCUUAUGUUACAGCCCCCUGCGAUCUCAUGGCCAGCCACCCACUCAAGUUGAAGGCUGAAUUGUUUGAAGACAAGCUGGACGAAACCCAUGAGGUCAAUGUUACCUCACAGGAAGAAGUCUGGCGACUAUACUUCGACGACGCAUCUCGCGUGGGCGCAAGUGAGUAUAUCAUUGCAGGUGUGGGGGUGGACAUGGUUUCUCCACAAAUCUAUGUAUUACCCCAAGUUUUCUCACUAACUGAGCUAUGUACUAACAACAUAGCUGAGUACAAUGCCCUGCUCAUUGGACUCGACUUUGCCAAGGAAUUAGGGGUGAAGCACCUUGAAGCCUACGGUGACUCUCAGCUUAUUGUCAAGCAAAUGACAGGGGAAUAUGAAGUCAGAAAUGACGAAUUAAUCUCAUGUCACCAAGUGGCCAUUAAAUUAGCCAAAUCAUUCAAUAGCGUCCACAUUGAGCAUGUGCUCCAUUAUAAGAAUACGCAUGCAGAUGCAUUAGCGUCAUUGGCAGCAAACCUAGCUCAACCGCUGGGGACAAGCCAACAAGUCACCGUGAUAAGCCGACAACUCUACCAACCGGAGGAUACCCUAGAGGUGAAUGCAACUCACCAAGUUUUAGGCCAAUCCGAGUCUAGAGAUUGGCGCUUCCUAAUUAUAGACUAUGUCCUAUAUGGUAUACUACCUGAAGACGUCAAGGAUCGAGAAUCUGUUCGCAGGCACGCACCAAGAUUCUACUACGAUGCCACCACAAAGACAUUACAUUUUAGAUCAUAUGACGGCAUGAUGCUUCGAUGUAUCUCAAUGACAGAAGCACAGGAAGCCUUGUGGGAAGCCCAUAAUGGCACAUGCGGUGCUCACCAACCCGAACCUAAGCUCUGGGACCGCUUGUGA